AUGCCGCAGGCGGGCACCCCCCCGGGCUCCCGGGGCACGGCGCUGCUGGCCCUGUCGCUGCUGCUGGCGGGGUCCCUGGGCGGCGGGCAGCACUACGACUACUACGGCUGGCAGCCCGAGAGCCUGCCCCACGGGCGCUUCUACGGGCGGGAGCCGCAGUGCCUCGACAUCCCGGCCGACAUGCAGCUCUGCCGCGACGUGGGCUACAAGCGCAUGCGGCUGCCCAACCUGCUGGAGCACGAGACCAUGGCCGAGGCCAAGCAGCAGGCCGGCAGCUGGGUGCCCCUGCUCGCCAAGCAGUGCCACACCGACACCCAGCUCUUCCUCUGCUCCCUCUUCGCCCCCGUGUGCCUCGACCGGCCCGUGUACCCGUGCCGCUCCCUCUGCGAGGUGGUGCGGGACUCCUGUGCCCCCGUCAUGGAGUCCUACGGCUUCCCCUGGCCUGAGAUGCUGCACUGUGGCAAGUUCCCCUCUGACCACGAGCUCUGCAUCGCCGUCCAGUUUGGGAACAGCAAAGCCACGCCGCCCCCAGUGUCCAAGAUCUGCACCCAGUGUGAGAUGGAGCACAAGGCGGAUGGCAUGAUGGAGCAGAUGUGCUCCAGUGACUUUGUGGUGAAAAUGCGCAUCAAGGAGGUGACGGAGGAGAACGGGGAGCGCCGGCUGGUGGCUGCCCAGAAGAAGAAGGUGCUGAAACUGGGCCCGCUGAAGCGCAAGGACACCAAGAAGAUGGUGCUGCACAUGAGGAACGCGGGUGCCUGCCCCUGCCCCCAGCUCGACAGCCUCAGCGGCAGCUUCCUGGUCAUGGGCCGCAAGGUGGGCGGCCGCCUGCUCCUGCUGGCCAUCUACCCCUGGCAGAAGCACAACAAGGAGAUGAAGUUUGCGGUCAAGUUCAUGUUCUCCUACCCUUGCCCACUCUACCACCCCCUGCUCUAUGGGGCUGGGCAGCAUUAGGGUUUUUGCCCACCCUGCCCUUUCCCAGAACUCCUGCACUGGCCCAACAUCCCACCCCUGGCUUCUCUGGCUGCACCCCAGGAGCUCAGCUCUGCUCACCUCAGCCCCUUGGCUGUGCCCCAGAACCCAGCUGUGCACCUGCAGGAUUCCCUGCUGCAUUUGUGGGAGCCCUGAUCCACAGCCAGGACACCUGCCUCCCCCCAAGAGCCCUACUCUGCACCUCUGGGAUCCCUGUUCUGCUUCCAGGACACUCACCCCUGUCCAGGAGCUUAGUCUGGACCUGGGACCCUUGUUCUGCAUGCUUGUGACCCCUGGUCUGUACUGGACACCCUUGUCUACUCCCGGGUUCCCCACCCAGAAGCCCAGAGACCCUUGCUUUCAUUUAGGAUCCCUGCUUGGCCUUCUUGGCUACACCUGGGAGCCGUCCCCUGCAGCCAUGUCCUUUGCCCAGCUCCCUCAUGAUAUGCCACGGACCCUCAGCCCCCCAGUCCCUGUUCUGGCCCACCAACACAUCCCAUGCCCUCACCUGGAGCUCACAUCCACCCCUGGAUUGCCUCACCUUCCAGAGGUCCAGCCCAGCCCAGGCAGGUCCCUCUGUUCCCACAGACUGACUCCCUGCAGACCGAGUGCCCAGAGCUGCACAAACCCCUGCUGGGCUCCCCCACUCCCCACAGCACACAGCUCACACCUCCAAUGCCCCAGGGCAGCCCUGCUGCACCCCUUGCACACACCCUGCUGUGACCCAGCCACGCACCCCUUGCCCACCAACACCACAGUAAAUUAUUCCAGCUCAGAGAAGUCUGUGUGCCACUCACUGCAGCUCAUGGGUAAGAACGCUUGGGGCUCCCUCAGGGACCCCAGAGGAUUGGGAGGGGGGUCCUUCCUGGUGGUCACAGGCAUCCCUGGAGCCUCAGGCACCCCUGCCACUCCAGGGAGCCUGGGAGGGCAUCCAGAUGAACAGCAUGGGGGGACAGGGCCAUCACUGCUGCUGGAGCCUCACAGCUGGGUUUGGCAGUGGUUUGACAGGGAAGUUUCUUCCUUUUCUUCCUUUGUCACCCCAGGGGAUAAAUCCAUGGUCUGGGAGCUCACAGCACUUGUGAGAAGCCUGGCGCUGAGCAUCAAAGGGGACAGAUACUGGACCAGGCAGCCUCCAACCCUGCCCUCCCCAUACCAUACCACCUGAAAGUCCUCUCUGCAGCUCCCUGCCAGCCCUGCUUGGCUGCCAGACCUCCCAUGCCACAGCCUCCAUCCUCCGCCAAAAUGACUCCUAGGGCCACCCACGUGCACUGGCCAGGACCCUCCCAAAAGCCCCAUGAGCAGGGCAGCCCUCAGCCCAGCCCUGAUGGCAGCAGGGCUGUCCCUUAGCUCAGCUGGACUGCCAAGCUGCCCCCAGUGCCAGCUGGCAGGGGACAGCUUGAGGGACCCCGUCAUUCCUGCUGUGCAAACUGGUAUCCACCAUCCCAGAGGGUGAGGGGCCCAAGGUGCUGCCUGGACAUUCCCCCAGUGGCUGCCUGCCACUGCCUUCUCUUCAGAGCUGACCAGCCUCAGGGAGCUCCUGGGACAGGGAAAUUGGGGCUGCAGGAUCCCUGCACCCACCCUCUUCUGGCUGACAAGAGCACUGUGCACCUGCCCUGCUCUGGGCUGACCUCUUCUCCCUCUGCCCUCCUUGGGCAUGGCCUUGGCCCCACUGGUCAGCCUCCAGAGCCCCAGAUCUCCCACUCUGGCCCCACAGCCAGCCAGGAACAUGGGCCAGCCAGCCCCUGCCCCAGCCUUGCACCAGAAAUGGGCAUUUCUCCCUGGCCACUGGGGAAAAAAUGGGGAAAAAAUUAAAAUAUUAUUAGGUUUGUUCAGAGCUUGACUGCAGAGCACACUUCCAUAGGAAUAAACACUGUCAAUUACAUUUUAUUGCAAAACUUUAAAAGCAUAAAUAAAACCCCAUCUCCCACAGCCUAAGUUUAUCU